AUGCUGCUGUCAGCUGUGUGUGUGAUGCUCAACCUGGCGGGCUCCAUCCUGUCCUGCCAGAACGCUCAGCUGGUCAAUUCUCUGGAGGAGUGUCAGCUGUGUGGAUGUGUGUUCUCCCCUCCUCCCCCCCAGCUCAAGUUUGACAGCGAUGGAGUGUGUGUGUGCUGCGAGCUGCAGCAGCAGAGUACGAGCUGCAACAACCUGGGAGAGACGCUGAAACUGAACCCGCUGAGGGACUGCAACACCAUCCGCCUGCGUCUCAAGGAGCUGCUGUUCAGCGUAUGUGCCCUUAAUGUCAUAUCCACCAUCGUGUGCGCUCUCGCUACUGCCAUGUGCUGUAUGCAGAUGGUUUCGACUGAUGUGCUGCAGAUGUUUAUGCCGCACAGAGCGCGAGCUCUAAAUGCUGACUGUAUGACCCCCCACGGAACAAUCCUCCACCAAACACUGGACUUUGAUGAGUUCAUUCCUCCCAUUCCCCCUCCACCAUACUACCCCCCAGAGUACACCUGCACCCCCUCAAUGGAUGGACAGAGAGGCAUGCACCUGGACUUCCCCCAUUCUCCCUUCAGUGCCAUCUACGGGGUUCCUAUCAACAGUCCAGGGACACUGUACCCAACUGACCUGCCUCCUCCGUAUGAGUCUGUGGUGGGACAUACCCCGGCCAGCCAGGUCACUAUCAGCAUGGAGCAGCAGGCCACUGAAUCCAGUCUGUGUGAGAGAAACGCAGCUGCAGGAUUCAGUACUCAGGCCUCGGUGGACAGUGCAUCACUGAUGGUGUCAGAGGUGGCUGAUCAGGACCAGACUUGCUCCUCAGAGGACUUGUGCUCUCUGGAGGUCCAGGGCUCCGACUCCUCCCCCUAUGGCGUGCUCCACCCAGCUCCCGUCGAUGGAAGCUGCAACAGUCUGGAACUCUGUACCCGUGACCAUCGUGGCCUGCCUAACACUGAUGCUUGCCCAAGUGAUACAGGUUACAGUGAGUCCUCACACACACAGGAUUCUCUGGAGCGCUCCCCUGACUGGUCCUCAGAAAACUUCAGCAAUCUGGAGCAGGAGGAUUCCACGGACAACGCACAUCCAUGUCGGGAACUUAGGCCCGCAAUGCACUUAUGUGACGAGCUUGCCUCAGCCAAGCAUUUACCGGAGGAGCCACCGAAAGCAUCAACGCACUCCCUCGUUAAGGCACGGAUGAUGAGCCGGAAGCUCACGCUCCCUGUUACGCUCCCCCCACCACCUCAGCCGUGUUCCCCCACCUCCGUGGCCUCCUCUGGUGGAACUUCCGGCAUCAGUCCUAUGGCUCCUUCUCCUUCCCCUUCCCCUCCUAGCAGGCCACGCGGCCCCAGGCUGUGUUUUAGUGUUUGGUCACCUUCCUCCGCAUCGCAACCCCCCUCUACCUCAGCCCAAAGUGGCUACUCGCCAUCAGAGAGGCCUCGGGUGCUCCGAGCAGCCAGGAGAUACCGCAAACUGGCACGCAUCGUCCGUUCGACCAGUGACCCUAUCUCCUGCACCUCUACCACAGGAAGAGAGAAUUGUGGCUGCGCCUCAGCAAAUACCCCUGCUGCUGAAGAUUCAACUCAUACAUCACCAGAGCAAGAGCCAACCGAAAUUACAUCGGUGGUCGUCGGAGCUAAACCCAGUCACACAAGUGUCAGGAAGCAGCAAAAGGAGGGCAGGAAAGUUGACAUCCACCUGAAGUCCCGCACCAUGCACACACACUCCUCCCACGAACGCCCACACCCCCUGGCUGACUUUAAGAUGUACAAAGACACCAAAGUACUGGUGGCCAAGUUUCUGGAGCAUUCGAACUGCAGUCUACCUCCUGAAGUCCAGCAGGUUGUCAACAACAUCAAGUGUGUCAUCAAGUUGGAUGAGAAACACAUGGAGGAGGCCAUUUUUAGUGCCAAUGUCAUAGAUCAGGUGAUGACCCAACGUGUCAUUGGCAGUCCCAGAAAGCGUGGCCAUGAGGACCUUCACCUUCAGAGCUGCGGUGCUUUGAGUUCCCCUUCCAUGCGCCGUCCAAAACACCUCCCACAAACCACCAGCACCCCCACCAACCCACUGGACUCCCCCUCCUCUGAACAAAGCCUUGAGUGCAAAGAAACAAUUCUCUGACCACUCUCCCAACAAGGACUCAAGUCAAAACUCUGAGAGCAUUUCAGGAUGAUGGUGUUGCAGACCCCCCCCACCUCAUUUGCUGUGCAGCAGAUGUCUGUAGAGUAAUGGACAACUCUUCCAGCAUUGAAGGAUCAUUUAUUCUCAAUAUGUGACUGCAGCACAGGCGCACUGAAAUGGCAUCCUACUGUAUCUCCUAGUGCCCUGUGAGACUGUGCCAAGUCAUCAGCAGAAAUGGUAGCAAACUCAGACUGAGCCUGCCAGUGUCUGUGUCCAGUGGCUUGUUUCUCAUCAGAAAAACAAAAGAAUGUUUCUCCCUCAGGGGAUCUUUUCUACUUUGUAUCAUCUCUUAAAAAAAGAAACAAACAGCUAAGUACUACUAAGGUAAGUUUGGAUGUGUCACUCAAAGACAAAGGAGAUUGCGUCAUCAGUAUUCCUAAGAAAUAUGUUUGUAUUAAACUGUGAAUUGAGCGGACAGGGCGUUACUCGCCAUUGUUUGCAGACUUUGUGGAAUUGUAUACUGACGGUGAAUAUUUUGUGGUGUCGCUGGUUCAAGAACAUCACAGAUGUUGAUUAUUUAACUUACCUCAUUGUGUUACAAUUCUUCUUAGUGUUACAAUAAAAUAUGAGUUUGUAUCUCGUGGUUUGUGUUCUUACUUUUCUUUGGAUCAUAUGUCAACUGUAUGUGUAAAGAUUUUGAACAUUUAGUCACAUGGAACAGGACUGGCCAACAUAAUAUAAUUUUGGUGAAACUAUAAUAUGUUUUUUAUUCAAUAGAGUGGUGAGAGGACAGCGGGUGGCUGAUAUUGUUUUUUGUGCAUUUACAUGUCUGUGGAAAUAUUUUGUCAAUGCAAUAGCAAGAUGCAGUCAUGAAGCUUUACAGCUGUGUGAACAAAAUGAAGGAUGUGUUUGAAGACGGGCGUAGUUGGAGCAAGGGUGCGGAGAGUAGGGGGGAUGGAAGUGGGGAAGGGGCCAUUGGCCCCUGAUGUGAUCCCAUCAAAAUAUGUUUUUUAAUCAUAAGUAAUCUUUAAAUACAUGACAUAAGACUGCAUGAAGACAGUUAGGUUUAGAUUGAGAUUACAGUCCCCGAUGUUAAUGUUUUCAAUAAAAAUGACACAAUUGUAUUUUUUUGCAAAGAAAAUAAAUGGUAUCUUCAUUAGAUAACCAGAGGCAAGUGUUUGAGUGUACAUCCUUGUUUUUUUCUGCCGCUGAUAUGGUAUAACCUGGAGCCUACUUCAAUUUGUAAGUGAGGCUCCA